AUGGCACCAAAAGCAGAUUGGGAAAAACACAAGAAGUCGGUUGAAGAUGAAGACAAGCCUGAAGAAAAGAUCGUGCCGUUGAGCGAAGGCGACAUCCAGGUACUCAAGACGUACGGCGCCGCCCCCUACGGCGCGCUGUUGAAGCAGAUCGAACAGGACUUGGCCGCAAUUGAGACACGGAUCAAGGAGAAGAUCGGCGUCAAGGAGUCCGACACGGGCUUAUCCGCGCCACAUCUCUGGGACGUGAUGGCGGACAAGCAGCGAAUGAGCGAGGAGCAGCCGUUGCAGGUGGCGAGAUGCACCAAGAUCAUAGAGUCGUCCAACCCGAACCCAAACGUGGGUCCGCUCGCAAAUGCCGAUGACAAGUCAAAGUACGUGAUUAACCUCAAGCAGAUUGCAAAGUUUGUGGUCGGCUUGGGUGAGCGCGUCUCCCCCACGGAUAUCGAAGAAGGGAUGCGGGUGGGGGUUGACAGAACCAAGUACGAGAUCCAAUUGCCAUUGCCACCGCGAAUCGACCCGUCUGUGACCAUGAUGACGGUGGAGGAAAAGCCAGAUGUGACGUACAGCGACGUCGGUGGCUGCAAGGAGCAGAUCGAAAAGUUGAGAGAGGUCGUGGAGUUGCCAUUGUUGUCACCAGAGCGCUUUGUCAAGUUGGGGAUCGACCCACCGAAGGGGAUCUUGUUGUACGGGCCGCCUGGGACGGGUAAGACGUUGUGUGCGCGUGCCGUUGCGAACAGAACGGAUGCCACGUUCAUCAGGGUGAUUGGGUCUGAGUUGGUCCAGAAGUACGUCGGUGAGGGUGCCAGAAUGGUCAGAGAGUUGUUUGAAAUGGCCAGAACCAAGAAGGCGUGCAUCAUCUUUUUCGAUGAGGUGGAUGCCAUCGGUGGGGCCAGAUUUGAUGACGGUGCAGGCGGUGACAACGAGGUCCAGAGAACCAUGUUGGAGUUGAUCACGCAGUUGGAUGGGUUCGACCCGCGUGGUAACAUCAAGGUGAUGUUUGCCACCAACAGACCGAACACGCUUGACCCGGCGUUGUUGAGACCGGGCAGAAUCGACAGAAAGGUGGAGUUCUCGUUGCCGGACCUUGAGGGUCGUGCCAAUAUCUUCAGAAUCCAUUCAAAGACCAUGUCGUGCGAGAAAGACGUCAGAUGGGAGUUAAUCUCGAGGUUGUGUCCGAACUCGACCGGGGCCGAGUUGAGAUCUGUAUGCACGGAGGCCGGGAUGUUUGCGAUUAGAGCGAGAAGAAAGGUGGCAACCGAGAAGGACUUUUUAAAGGCCGUUGAGAAGGUGAUCAAGGGGAACUCGAAGUUUAGUUCCACGAGCACGUACAUGCAGUAUAACUAAACGAAAGUUGAGCAAAAGUUGAGCAAAAGUCGAGCAAAAGUCGAGCAGAGCGAGACUCGAGACCUGAUAACUUGGUUGACCGAAAGAGUGAAAAUAACUGGUAGAUGAAUAAAUGUUUCAAAUCGAGACGAAAGUCGAGC